AUGAUUUCCACCGUCAACAUCAUCGUCUACAGGGUCAAGACAGGCGAACGCAGGCCCAUUGGAGUUACUGCCGUCUGGGCGUUUGGUAUUGGCGCUGACGCUCUCGUUAUUCGGCACACUUCACAAUGCUUCCAAAUCGAGUCUUCCGGUGGUCCAUCGGGAAUCCUUGGCCAACUUGACGACGGUCAGAAUCGUGUCGGUGGUAGCGGCCUCCCUACCGGAUGUUACUGUCUAGACAGCGAUGGCGGCUUCACCGAUUCCAACGGAAGAGGUUGCAUCUUGACACCUCCUACAACCCAGUUCCAGUGUGACGUCGGUGCUACACCCACAGACGGCUUUGCCAUGGGUCCCGAUGGCGUCAUCACAUACAACGGAGACGGUACCUUUUAUGCUUGCCCCGUCAAUGACGAGGGUGAGUACAAUGUCUACACCAAACCUGCUCCCGGCCAAGAGAAGUGUGUCGAGAUAUCAUUUGGCUCUGCUGGUUCUUGCGGAUCCGGUAGCGGUCCUGCUCCAUCUGCUGCUAGCCCUCCUGCAGAAACAGAGACCAAGCCUGCUCCUCCUCCAGAGGUUCCCACUAGUGAGCAGCCUCCUUAUCCAACCGGACCAGCGCCAACUCAGCCCGACAAACCUGAAGAGACUGCGCAACCCCCGAAGCCAGAGCAACCGCCAGCAUCAGAGCAACCGCCAGCACCAGAGCAACCGCCAGCACCAGAGCAACCGCCAGCACCAGAGCAACCGCCAGCACCAGAGCAACCUCCUGCUCCCGAACAUCCUCCGGCACCAGAGCAGCCUCCUGUGCCCGAACAUCCUCCAGUGCCCGAACAUCCUCCAGUGCCCGAACAUCCUCCAGUGCCCGAACAUCCUCCAGUGCCCGAACAUCCUCCAGUGCCCGAACAUCCUCCGGCGCCAGAGCAGCCGCCUGUGCCCGAACAGCCUCCAGUGCCCGAACAUCCUCCGGUACCUGAGCAACCUCCGGCACCUGAACAUCCUGCGCCAGAGCAGCCUCCCAAGCCAACUGGACCAGCAUCGGAAGUCUCUGCCACAACCUGUACCCUCUUCAACUUCGACAUUCCCGCCUCCAUGGCAGGAAAGUCCUGUUCCACAAUCUUCAUGCUACCCCUCAAGUCCGAGCUCGAGACGUCAGACUACAAGCUCUCCGGUAGUGGAGUGUGCACAAUCACUAGGCUUGAUGGUCCGGUAACAGAACAGUCGACUUGGGAUGACAAACCUGAGGCUGAGGCACAGGUCGCAAGUGUACAGAUGACACCUGGCCACAGCUGGACAGUGGAUAGUGGGCCCUGUGAGGAAGGACCGUUAAGCUAUGAAGUCUGUAGUGGUGGCGACUUUGAGCUGAGCUGGUUCCAAGAUUAUAACCCUAGUCCGAUUGGAUUGUUUGUUCGGGAAUGUUAA